UUUUAAUAAUGUUCUUCAUAGUCAUUCAAUAGCCAAAGAGAGAAUGCCAUUAGCAAAAGGAAUUAAUACAACGACUGGGAGUUCUACAAGUACAACUACAACAGUCUCCAAUAAUUACAACUCUCCUAGUAGCGAACAUGUAAAAGCUCACAAGUCGAUUCAGUGUGGUGGUUGCGGUGUAAGAUAUGGUUGUUAA